AUGCCGCUCAUCCAUUUUGGAAUGCCAGCGCCGAAUCACCCAGCAGUAGACAUCAUUAACAGCGAUGUUCAACGUGAACACCAGUUCGAUAAGACUUCUUUGGCUACUUUUGUUGCGGAAAAUGAACAAUUGCUUACUGCUGAACAGCGAAACGUAUAUGAUCAAAUUAACGUUUCAAUUGCAGCACAACAAGGUAAAUUCUUUUUUUUAGACGUUCCAGUUGGCACUGGUAAAACAUUUCUUAUCGCACUGAUACUUGCGCGGAUUCGAUCUCAAAAUCAUAUUGCAUUGGCCAUUGCUUCAUCAGGCAUUGCAGCAACGUUACUUGAUGGUGGACGGACUGCGCAUUCAGCACUUAAAUUACCUUUGAACGUUCAUACAAAUCCCGAAGCAAUGUGUAAGAUAAAGAAACAUUCAGGCAUGGCUGAAGUUUUGAGAAAAUGUAAAAUUGUUAUCUGGGAUGAAUGUACAAUGGCCCACAACCAUUCGCUUGAAGCUCUCGACAGGUCCCUGAAAGAUAUCAAAAACAAUGCUCGGUUUUUCGGUGGUGCUCUACUGCUGCUGUCUGGUGAUUUCAGACAAACAUUACCAGUCAUUCCACGCGCGACAUAUGCAGACGAAUUAAACGCAUGUUUGAAAGAAUCUUAUCUAUGGCCAAGUGUCACUGAAUUAUGCCUUACUAUUAAUAUGCGCGUUCGACUUCAAAAUGAUCCAUUAGCGUCAGGAUUCUCUGAACAAUUGUUAGACAUUGGCAACG